UGUCAAUGUCAGAUAUGUACUAAAAAGUGUUGAAAUUCACGUUUUUGCUAUUUAUUAUUUACACUCAGGAUUGUAAAGUUUUGGUUAGAUAAUUGAAAAUGCCUAAAAUCAAAGCUGAAAAGAAAUCCAGGAUUCAUAAUGAAGUCGCAAAGCAAGGUAUUCAGUUCAAUAAAGACUUUGGCCAACAUAUAUUAAAGAAUCCUCUCAUUAUAACAUCUAUGUUGGAUAAAGCUGGAUUACGACCAACUGAUAUCGCUCUUGAAAUAGGUCCGGGUACUGGUAAUAUGACUAUAAAAAUGCUAGACAGAGUUAAGAAAGUCAUCGCAUGUGAAAUUGAUACAAGGUUAGUUGCGGAACUUCAGAAGCGUGUCCAGGGCACACCAUAUCAAGCCAAACUUCAGAUAUUAGUUGGCGAUGUUUUAAAAACAGAAUUACCAUUUUUUGAUAUCUGUGUAGCCAAUAUUCCAUAUCAAAUCAGUUCUCCUUUAGUUUUUAAAUUGCUACUCCAUAGGCCAUUCUUCAGAUGUGCUGUUUUAAUGUUUCAACAGGAGUUUGCUCAGAGACUGGUUGCAAAACCAGGGGAUAAAUUGUAUUGUAGAUUGUCAAUAAAUACUCAGUUACUAGCUAGAGUGGAUAUGCUAAUGAAGGUAGGUAAGAAUAAUUUUAGACCUCCGCCUAAAGUUGAGUCAAGUGUUGUAAGGAUAGAACCUAGGAAUCCACCACCACCAAUUAAUUUUGUUGAGUGGGAUGGUUUGACAAGGAUAGCAUUUGUACGCAAAAACAAAACUUUAUCAGCUGCUUUUAAACAUAACACUACCAUGGCUGUCCUUGAGAAGAAUUACAGAGUUCAUUGCUCAUUGAAUAAUAAGGAAAUACCAGAUGAUUUUGAUAUUAAGGAAAAAGUUCAACAAAUAUUGCUUCAAGCUGAGUCUGACCAGAUGAGGGCUAGAACAAUGGAUGUUGAUGACUUCAUGAAAUUAUUACAUGCUUUUAAUUCAGAAGGAAUACACUUUGCAUAACAGAAAA